CGCCGGCGGGGCCGGCAGUGGCGGCGGCCAUGUGGGGCUGUGGCGACCCCGGGGGAGCCGCCGCCGCCACCAUUGUCCUCAGCGGGACCCGCGACUGCUUCCUGCACCUGCCGCCCGCGCUGGCCUCCCUCCUCCGCCUGCAGCAGGGCCAAGCUGUGAAAAUAUCCUGUGGUCAUCAGCCAAUAUUUUUGAGCUGGAUGGAAACCAGGCAUCGAGGUCACCAGGGUGAAAAUAAUGCAGAGAUUAACAGACAUUUGGCAGAGAAACUUGGCAUCACAGAUGGAGAGCAGGUUUUUCUUGAACCCUGUUCCCAUGUGUCCUCCUGUCAGCAAGUAGAAGUGGAACCACUCACAGCAGAUGAUUGGGAAAUUCUGGAGCUGCAUGCUUCCUCCCUUGAAAGCCACCUUCUGGACCAGAUUCGAGUGGUGUUUCCAGGAGCCAUCUUUCCUGUCUGGGUUGAGCAGCACACCCAUGUUUACAUCAGAAUCGGUGCACUUGUGCCACCAGCCCCAUAUGGGAGAUUAGAGCCAUGCACGGAGCUUCUGGUAUGUCCCAAAACACACGGACCUGAGGAGAAUAUCACCAGCACACCUGCCACAGAAAGUGACAUCUUGCUCAAAAAUUUUGUGAAAAAUAACAUGGAACAAGAAGAAACACUAAAGGAUCCUUUUGCCAAACAACCUUACUUAAAGCCUGGAGCCCUUGAACAGAGUAAGACUGAUUCAAACAUGACGUUUGGCUCAAAUGUUCUCCCAAAUAUAUGGAAUUUCAUAGGGAACAUUUUCUCUAGUACAUCUGAGCAGAAACAGAAGAUUUCAUGUGAUAAGGAUGAAAUGAGCGUCUUCAGAGACAAGCUGCUGAACUUGAUUCACAUGGAUUCCAUUUUUAGAGUGUGUCAGUCCCAGCCUCCCAGCGUACAGAAUGUAUCCACCACUCAUGAAUUUCUGAAAUGCAAUGCUGUUCAUGUUUUUCCAUGGAAUUUAGAAUACGUUGAUUUAGAUCCAAAUCCUGUAGUAUCUUACGGGAAAAUUAACGAGCUGCUUUCCCCAAGACAACGUCAUCAAGAAGCAAAACAAAAUCUGCCACUUGAAAAGCAAAAUCAUUUGACUAGUACACAAGACAAAAACCCUUCUAAUUCUAUUAGCAGUGAAGCAUCCAGUGAGGGAUCUGUUGUUCAAAUCGUUUGGAAUGGAUUUGAAGAUCUAAAGAGUGUCAUAGAGUAUGGCCAUGAUGGGGGAGCCCUGCAUGUUGGAAGAGUUUGGAUUGCAGAUGGUCUGAGGAAAAAACUACAUAUUGAAAUACAUUCAACAGUCCGAAUUAAGUCAGUUGAAUCUGUUCCUAAAAUUCCUGUAUCUCUUACGCUGCAACCCAAACAGAACUUACGUAAAGAUAUACAUGAAGAUGAUGUUAAAUGUGCAUUCAGUUCUUGGCUGCAGGAUUCCACUACUGAUGAUCACCCAUGGAUAAUGACAAGCACAGACUGUAUACAUCUGUCUGUUAAAGAAGGAAUAGAGGAAUUUGUCCUUAGUGCAGCGCAUCCCGUGCACAUUGAAGAAAAUAAAUCUGAGAAUAUUUUUAUACUGAGUCCCAGUUUGCUGCAAAAGACAAAUAUACAAGUUCUUUUACAUCCUCUAAGUACAAAAGCUGAUGAUGACAAGCAGCCACCCAUGCCUGAUAGAGACAAGAUCCUUCCAUACCACAAACUAAGCGAUUUAGGAGGAGUGGACAAAUUAGGCACAUCAUUAUUUGAACACAUAAGCCACAGUCUUCUGGGGCGUCCUUUAUCCCAAAAGCUGGCUGCUAAUGCUGUGGGACUGCGAAGUGGAGGGGUGCUUCUCACAGGAGGAAAGGGAAGUGGAAAGUCAACAUUAGCAAAGGCCAUCUGCAAAGAAGCUUUCACUAGACUGGAUGCUCAUGUUGAAGUAAUUGAUUGUAAAGCUUUAAGAGGAAAAAGAUUAGUAAACAUAAGGAAACAUGUGGAAGAAGCUUUUUUAGAGGCAGCAUGGAGACAACCAUCCAUUCUUCUGAUGGAUGAUCUUGAUCAUAUUGUUGGAGUACCUUCUACACCCGAGCAUGAGAACAGCCCUGAAACUGUUCAGAGCAAUAGACUUGCUUAUGUUUUGAAAGAUCUGAUGAAAGAAGUUAUUUCCAUGGGGAGUUUGAUUGCAUUAAUUGCCACGAGUCAGUCUGAACAUUCCCUUCAUCCUUCCCUGGUUUCAGCACAAGGAACUCAUGUAUUUCAGUGCUUCAAAUGUAUCCGAUCUCCAGAUCAGAAGCAAAGAUAUGAAGUGCUGUAUUCCAUAAUAAAGAAGAAACUGAAUUCUGAUCCAAAGGACUUCUCUGAUCUUGACCUCCAGUGUAUUGCAAAGGAAACAGAAGGUUUUGUUGCUAGAGAUUUCACUAUGCUGGUGGAUCGUGCCAUUCACACCUGUGCUUCUAACCAGAGUGCAUCAGAUAAUGGUGCAGAUUUGAACCUGUCAACUGUGGAUUUUCAGACAGCUCUAAAAGAUUUUACUCCAUUAGCUCUGAGAAAUGUCAACCUUCAUAAACCUAAAGACCUUGGCUGGGACAGGAUUGGUGGCUUAAAAGAUGUGAAGCAAAUGCUCAGGGAUACCAUCCUGUUACCUGUAAAGUAUCCAGAAUUAUUUGCAAACCUGCCCAUACGGCAGAGAUCAGGAGUUUUGCUGUACGGAGCACCUGGAACAGGAAAAACACUGUUGGCAGGAGUGGUUGCAAGAGAGAGUGGAAUGAAUUUCAUCAGCAUCAAGGGACCAGAACUGCUCAGCAAAUACAUUGGAGCAAGUGAACAAGCAGUUCAAGAUAUAUUUAACAGAGCUCAGGCAGCUAAGCCUUGUAUCGUUUUCUUUGAUGAGUUUGAUUCUAUUGCUCCUCGCCGAGGCCACGACAACACAGGAGUCACUGACAGAGUGGUUAACCAGCUGUUGACUCAGUUAGAUGGUGUGGAAGGCCUGCAAGGAGUUUAUGUGCUAGCUGCUACCAGUCGCCCGGAUUUGAUUGACCCUGCUUUGUUAAGGCCAGGUCGACUGGAUAAAUGCCUGUACUGUCCACCUCCUGAUCAGAAUUCACGCUAUGAAAUCAUAAAAGCUCUCAGUCAUUCCUUGUCUUUGGCAAAUGAUGUGGACUUUCAGGAUGUGGCAGCGAAAACAGAGCAGUUUACAGGGGCUGACCUAAAAGCUUUGUUGUACAAUGCCCAAUUAGAGGCAAUCCAUACUAAUUUAAAUUUAGGUUUAACACAGGAUUUUGGAUCUAGUUCUGAUAGUGACUUCAGUCUCUCUUCCAUGGUUUUUCUAAACCACAGCAGUGGCUCAGAGGAUUCAGCAACAGAAGGAGAAGCAGGGCUAGAGCACUCUCUUAUUUCUUUAGAUAUGUCUGACCUGCUUCCUGAAGAUCCAAGGUCCAACAUGUAUCGUCUUUAUUUUGGAAGCUCUUAUGAAUCAGAGCUGGGGAAUGGAACUCCUUCAGAAUUGAGCUCUUUGUGUUUUUCUGGUCCGAACUCCAUGACUUACGACUUCACCAGCAUCACUCAGAGAGAUGUUGCAUCCUCACAGCCUGCAAUGCUUAGAACAGCUUCUCAAGAAGGCUCCCUGGAGAACCAGGAGCAGCAAGCAGAGCACCUGAGGACAGAAAUCAAUGCUAGCAAGGCCAGUUACAGAAGCAAGAAUGGAGAGGACAGCACCCUUAAUCAAUCAGUGCUUCCCAAGACCACUGUGACUAUCACCCAGUCUCACCUGAUGACUGCUCUGCAGGGAAUGAGACCAUCCAUUAGUCAGGAUGACUGGAAGCAUUUUACUGAACUGUAUGAUAAUUUUCAGAAUCCCAAGAAGAGGAAAGUACAGAUUGGUGCAACAUUCAGACCAGGACAAAAAAUGACUCUAGCUUAGUGAUUUGUAUUUGCUUAUAAUUGCUAAACUGUAACUGGAAAUGACAGUUAUGAUUAAAUCAGAUUAUUUAUAUUCAUAUAGAUUUAUUAAUGCAGCAGUUGGAGAUAAGUUUCUUUUAAACUAAUAUGCUGUAAAAUUAUGUCACAUUUUAUUUUGAAGAAAAUUGUCCUCCUUUAGAUUGAUAUUAAAUUUUUUGAGAACAUUGGUUAUGUUCUGUCCACUUGUUUAUCAUAUAAACUUUUAAACUUUGUUUUUUAUCAAUUUACUUGACACAGUCUAACAAUGAUUUCCUGUCCCUGCUUACUCCCUCACAACAAAUAGAAUCUGGUCAAAUAGACUGUAAUAUUAAUGGGGGAUACUUUUUAAAAUAGUCUAUAAAGCCAUUCUCUAAGGACCUUUGGAGAGGUGGUACUUCAUAGAUGAAGGUGGUACUUCAUGUGUAUAUUAGCAGGCAACUAGACUAAUAUUUCCAGAAUAUACUUUUACACCUAUAGCAGGAAAAGCCAGAGCAAGGUACUUGCAUCUUGUUUUCUGCCACUCUUUGUUAAUCAGAAGAAUACCAAAUUGCAUUUCACAGCACCUGCACCUUCUUACCCCUACUUUUUUUUCCCCAGAGACCGCUAAAAAUAUUUUGGAUGCUUGGAAGCUUUGUAAUGUUACAUCUGAAAUUAUUCAAAACUCUUGUCUUCCACGGAGUUUAUUAGAGAGUUGUGUUUCUUAACUGAUACAUAGAUAACCAGGUCUUAACACAAGGAGGAAAGAAAACUAGAGAUGUUUCCCAUUAGUCUGUUUGACUCUUUCACAGCAUUUUGCUUCCCCUUCAAAACAGUCUUCAUCUCUAAGCCAAGGAAGUACUAUAUUAUCAUCAGUUCAAAUACUUGCAUUUGAAACUUCAGCCCAGGUAAUUUAUUGAUUAGUUCCUGCAUUUUUUCAGGUACCAAUAGGAGUUUUUACUUACCCUUUCACCUACUGGCUUAGAUUUUUCAGUCAAGGGUUCUUUCCUACAUCCAGAACCUCUAUAAGAAGGUGAUCUUCCAGCUCUGUCUGUAUCAAAAUUGUUUAAAGAACACUGUGGUUUAUUACAUCUUCUUCACUUGGUAAAGAAGUCUUCAGAUACUACAAAAACCUCCAGAUUAGCCAAAAUUAGCAGCAGUAUCUGUUCUUCAAUUUAGGUCUAGAUAAUGGUUGUACAAAAUUUCAUUAGAAAUGGAAAUUAUUUAAUGUUUCUGGUACUGGUGAUCUCAUAAUGCACUGAUACUUAACUCUGAAAGGACAGUCACAGGCUAAUUGUGAUGUAGCAAAGACAGUUCCAUAGAUUAUUGUACUGUCCUCACACUGGGAGUCAUUUAAUUGGAAUACUGUAUUUCAGUGCCAGGAAUUACAUUGCAGAGUUAAAAAGGAAGGUUUGCUGUAUGCCAAGGUCUUAUCAGUCCUCAACCAAAAUUAUGUACUACACUGUCAUGGAAAAUGUUCUUAAAACCCAGGAAGUCAAAGUUCCAAAUCUCUGUUUUUCCUCCUUCCUCCAUGCAAGGAAUUUCACCAGUGAAUGAGCUCAGUGUUAAUUCAGACAUUCCCCUGCAUACAUAACCUGGGUGAUGCUGAGGGCAGGUUCAUGUGAUCCAGGGAGGUCACUGAAUAACUACCUGCUGCUAGGUGAUCUUUGGUUACAUUCUGAGUUGCAUUGACAUCUCUCCUUGGAAGAGAAUGUAAAUGAAGCCUAGCUAAGAUCUGUUGUAAGUCUGAUGUACAAGGAGCAUUAAGCCUGUAGCUCAGAGGAGGAUAAUGCCUUCUCUUCAAGUGUUAUGCAACGUAGAGACUCUUGCACGAGGCCUGGGAGGGAGAGGCUCUCCAAGAGAAAAGGGACUGAUGACAUUUGAUUCACAUUCUGUAGAGCAGUAGGAUUUUGCUGCAGUGGCUCAUGAUGACAGCCCAGGCUGACAGGCAAUGGGUGUCAUGUUUGAAUCUGUUUUCUGAUCUCCUCCCUCAAGUCAAGAACUAAACCAGCUCUGUGAAGCAGCAUCUAGAGAUGAACAAAUCCUGUGCCUCCUCACUUGUUCUCCUAUCACUACCUCUCUUAAGGGAUGAUGAUGUCUGUUUAUCUGGGUAUACAGUACAGCCCUUAUAAAGGUUUGAUAACCUGGGGUAGCUUUUUUUUGCCACUUCACUUGUCACCAACCUUGUCAGCUGUCAUUGAUCUUUCCUCCACUGCCUACCAGUCUUUCCCUAUAGUUGAGGAACUUCUGAGGAAGUCUUAUACAUAAAUGAUGUAAACAGUAACCCUGUUUCCAGUGUGCAAGGAGUUCUUUAAAUUGUUUAAUAGAACUUGGUUUCCACUACUAUUCAAAAAUUUUUCUUAAAAUGAAUUUUAUGUUUGGAGCUAUCUUCUUUCAGCUGGUUAGCUGGCAUUUUUUUCAAACAGUAGUUUGGAAAAAUCUACAUGUUUUGAAAGUGAUCUGCCAUUCUAGACUGUAUUGACUGAAGAGUUUCAGGGGGGAAAAAAAGUGAGGUGGCAGGUCAGUUCUGUUAAAUCCUGGUUUAAUUGCUGCAAUUAACUCUACUGAGAAACUUAUAUGUCUGAAUGAUGAGGGAAUCUGGUAAUUCUUAAUGAUGAAAAUCUUACAGACUUGCUUUUCCAAGAAUUGGGGGCAUUGGGGCACAUUAAAUCUCAUCCAGUGUGUUGCAUCCUUUUAAUGGUAUUCUGCCAUAAAUCACAUCUAUUCUUUGGGAAACAGUAUUUCUGGUGUAUGGGAAAAGUUUCACGAGGUCAUUGAUUGUCUAAUUUCUUAAGGAAUCACACUUUGUUCUAUUUUCAAAGAGAAAAAUGGAAAAGAUUUCUUAAUCCAUUUGAAAUUAACUUAAAAGAUAAGCAACAUCUGUGGAGGCUUAAAUUACUUAGCCUUCUGUUCAAUAGAUGAUGUCACCAGCUAGAACUCUGCUUGACAAUAUUUUAAGCAUGACAGUUAACAGCCUGGUUAAAACACAUGAAUUUUAUCAUUUAUAUUAGAUUUGAAAUGUACUUUAGCUUUUAGUUCACCAAACAAGUCUAAAUUUUGUGUGGACCAAUCUGUGGAUUUAAUGUCAAACAGGGAGUUUCUCCAUCCCUCUCUUGUGGCAUUAAGGAAACAUAGUCAAUUUCUCCAGCCUAAAACCAAAUAAAUAUUUUAAAACACAAUUUCAAAGCAAAAGCAUUGCAUAAACUUGAUUUUUUUCACAGGCUAUUUUACUCCAGUUAACUGGGUGUGUGUGUGAUAUAUAUAAAAAUUAUUAAAAUAUAUAAUUGACUUUUUAAUCUUAUUAAUGUAAUUUAUAAUUUGACUUCUUGCCUAAUUUAUUUAUUAACUCCCAGUUAUUGCAAAAACAGUAAAAUCCAUGCAUUUUGUAUCAGUGCAUGAGGAUCUGACUCCUUGUUUAUUACUUCAUAGCUCCUGAGCUCAUGCAGUAGGGUGGGAGUGAAGCCUGCUUUCCAAGAAGUUAAGAUAACAAUCAUAAAUCCAUAAGCUGUGAAGGAACUUUGAAGAGACCAGAAGCAGAACAGAGUUUCUUGCAUGAGUUCAUCAGCUAUUUGCAGAGUUAAUCCUGUGGAACAAAGGUGGGAGACUGGACUCCAAUUUGUCAAUGUCAGUUGUCAGGUAAGGAUUCACUUGUCUCUCACAGGCAUCAUUUGGGAAUAACCCAUUUACUGCCACCCCUUGAGAAUUUUGGCUUAAAGGUUCAAUUACUUGAGUUUUCCCCUUUCUAAAAUAACUCAAACAGUAACAAUCUGUCUUACAUACCACAGUGAAAUGGAAAUCUGUUGACUAAGGUUUAGCCUGCUGUUGGAGUGAUACAACAAAGAGGUCCAGGAUUAAAUAUUUCCAGACGCUCAGGCAGUAGUAGAAAUGCUAAAUCAGUUUGCUGGUGUUUAGGUCACAAGUGUAAAUCAGAUUAACAGGAGAGAAGUGGGAAAAAUCAAUUCUCUCUAUCCUCUAGCAGCAGGCAGGGCUUUUGUAAGACUUUCAUGUAUGUGGCCUUUGUGUAAUGUCCUACAACAGUCAUGUCAGCUGCUAUUAGGUAACCAGGGCAGAUUUUGCAUCUCUCAGCAGUACUGUCCCCUACCAGUCUCUAAAGUGUCCAAAAGUCUUUAAUAGCUUGAAUUAGUUGAAAUGAUUUAGUGAAGACUGGUAUCCCAGGGACAAAGUCAGUCUGGGACUCCUGAGUACAAAAAGAUGCGCUCGUUCUUCACUGUUUACACAAAACCAGCUCUUAGGAUACUGCAGGAAUGAUCACUACCUAUGUAGGCACAGCUACAGCACAGUAUGGAGCUUGUGGAGACCCAGUGUGGACAUGGAUUUUGGUACAUCAAAAAUUACUAAGGUAAUGCAGGUGUUGGGCAAAUUUCCCUUAUUUCCAGAGAUCAGCAGCUUUGUAGAAUAAAAAGCAAAGAAUAAAAACCAAAAUGUUUGCAACCAUCCACAAAAUGCCAUCAGUGCCAAUUUAUAUAAUUCCAGCAUUAGCACCGGCAGGAUUAAAACCAUCCACAUGGUUUUAUGCCCAUUUUCUGUUGGGAAGGUAUCUAGGUCCUUCAGAUGAACUAAUUACAAAUUCAGUGCUAAUCUCCACUUCCAUAAUUAUUGCCAAAUUUCAGGAAAUAAAAUGAUUUCUUAAUAAUAUAUAUUACUUUAUUGCAAUGCUUGUAUAUUGCCAAAGCACUGCUGAAGUUAUUUUAUAACUCGAGGAUCAAAUUCAUGUGACCUUGUUGAGAUACUUAAAGGCUACAACAGGAGCUAUUUGGUGGUUUACUGUUUUAGUGUUUGCCAAGAACUAAGUCUUAUCCCCAUUUUCUAAUGGCCAUUUUUCCAGUAGUUAAAAACCUGUUCAUUUUCUAAAUGUCUAAAAUACAUUUUCUUCACUGUUAAAAGAUCAAAAUGUCCUUCAUUAAGGACAGGUAUAAAGCAUAGAUGCAGGAAAAACCCACUUGAAGUCAGCAUGUUGAAACUUGUUUUUUCUACAGGUCCUGGGGAGAAAAAGGUCUUGGCUUUGCUCACAUCAGCAUCUGCCUCUAGGCACUAGAGUCCUAAUCCUCUAGGACUGACCCCAGCCUUUCUUCCCAUGUUUAGGUGAUUGGAUCUCUCUGUCCUUCCUCAGCAGCUGCCCAGCACUGCAGGUCCUGCUGGCUGAGCCAUUCUUGGUGAGGACAGUGGGUCUGAAGCAGAACUCUUGCAGUGGGGAGCAGGCAGAGUGCUGGGGUGGCAUGAGACACACGGGGUUGUUCCUCUCUGUCCGUAAGGGAUGCAGGGCCCCUGCACCAUGGAGCACAAGGAAGAGUUGAUCUCUCCUAAGGGGCCAUGGUUGGAAGGUACUGCAGAGCCUCCCCAGGGUGCUCCUUCUUCCCUGAGCAGCUGGGGCAGGCAGGCAGGUGGAGAGAGAAAUGCUUAUGAGAAAUAUUAAUUUCAUUUCUUAGUUUAAAGUGGAUAUCUUAUCCCAGCUCCCUGCUAUGGUGAAAUGAAUUCCAGAAAAGGCUGUAGGGUGGAACACAGCCUCUUCACAGGUCCUUCUUUGGUGAGAUGGAGCUUGGGCCAUUCACAUACAUUAACAGACAUUUACAGGGAACAAUCAGAAAAACCUGAAAUUGCAACCCAAGGCCAAGCGAAGAGACUGCCCUGUGCAGUGCUUUUUGAGACAGCCCAUCAUUUUCUCAGACUGCAGAGUGGCAGCAGGGGGGUGUCAUAAGAUGUGUAGGAUUGCACUCAUUCUGUGCAGGCACUGUUCUGCUCUGACAUUUGUCAACUCUCAGUUUGUCAUGCUACGAGUAAAUUUGGUUUGCAAAUGUUUCCCCUCAAGCACUGCAAGAUGUAUUUGCCACAUAAGUUGUGUAACAUUAGUUACCUCUUUGGAAAUUCAAUCUUUUUAUUCUUGCUGAUAUUUUUUCUCUGUAGGUGACUGAUGAAGAAAGUCACCCUUUCCAGCUAGCAGUUGAAAAAUUAAAAGCCACAUUAUGGAAACUAAAAAGCAGGUAUCUCAGACAGAUCUCAGAUUUUCCUGCUUUCCUUAUUGUUUUGCAAGCAGCAUAUGUUCUCAGCAUUGAAGUACUUGUACAGUUUCAUCUCUGCAGAUUUUCAGUCUUGUGACCCAGGUGGGUCCUACUAUAGCAACAAGAGCUGAUUUUAUAAUUUGGGCACUGUAUCAAAAUGCAGAGAAAUUCCCUGUACUUUAUGAAGGACUGUAUUUUAUGAAGAACAGUUCUUGCUUUUUAAGACCAAGUUUCUUUCUCUGUAGAUUGCAAUGAAUUCAAGGUGUUGUAAACAAGAUACUGUCCUGACCCUGAGAAGAGAGACUAUGCUAUUGUAACAACCUACUCAGAUAAUUAAAGAAACAUGUGUAAUGUGAUUUUGUAGAGGUUUUUUCUUAGUUACAGCUAAGAAGAAAAUGUCAACAAGUUAAAAAAUCUAAAAUGUACUUUUUCCAGAGUUUAGGAAACUUCAUUUGUUCAAGACACUUAGCAUGAUCAGGGAUUCUAUGCUGAUUGGGACUGCAUAACCAGGGACAAUAUUGCUUGUCACAUCCAAUUUUUUCCACAUUCUUCUCUGUACUUUAAACUGCUUUUCUUCCCAGUGGAAAUGUUUGGUUUUGUGAAUGCCACAAAAUAGUGCUUGCUAGUAUUUCAGGGUAAAAUGUUUUCUGAUUUUAUUGUCUUGAUAUUCAUGAUCUGCACACUUGAUGGAAAAUUAUAAAUGCACUCACAGCUGUUUGUGAAAGAUCCAAUAGUGGCAGCACAGGCAAAACAGUAAAACAUUUCACCUAAGAUGUGGUGAUGAUGGAUGAUAGUGAUGUUUCAAAACAUGAAGCAAGACAGACUUCUUAUGUCCUCUUUCAAGACAGAAAACAAGGUUUAACAACAGAUAGAGCAUAUUGUUACAAGGAAGGUCACUUACAAAGCUCAGUUUCAAGGUGACAAAUAAAAAACUGGGUAUUUUGGAUACAGACAAAUGUGUGCAGAACUUUUUUUUUUCUUAGCUAUAUUGAAGUUGUUCCAAUUAACUAAUUGCUUGAUCAGUGUGGUGCCUGUGUUUAGACACAGUCUGUGCCUUUGUCAGACCGUGGGAGCCUGAGCAUUCAGACCCUUCCCAUUUGAUCCUAGCAGAGGGAAGCAGCUGGAAUCCCUGCUGUCCCUUUGGCUGUCAGGACGGAUCACAGACCAAAUUAACUCUUUAGAGAUCUUCACAUGUUUCUUCUGCUUUCUGGAGAUGAAAAUGUUCUCAUUAAUAAUAUUAUAGACUGGUUCUUUGGGUACAUAUAAUACCAUAAAUAGCUGGAGGAACUAGGCUAGAAGAGCAAUUGGGAAACUGCCAUCCCACAGCAGCUGAUUCUGUGAAAAAGAAAUAAUGCCUCAGUCUCUGUUUUCUGCUCAGGAUAUGUCAGAGGUCACCUACUCUAAAGAUGAUCUUAAGCAAGACAUGCUGUGUUUGAGAUGCCAUUGUUUUUUAAUGUUAUCUUUUUUCAGGUAUUUUCCUCCUGUAGCUGGAGUCAAAGGCAAUACACUGAAAGUUUACUGCUUGAGAAGGUCUUGCACACAGUACCCAUUAACACUCAAAGACAUUGCACAUGGCAGGGAAGGUAAAUAUCAGGGCCUCUCAUAAGUAAACUUUUAUUUCCUGGAGUUCCUUGGCAGUUAUCUUUGCAAAUAAUGUAAUUUGUGGGAAUCAUGAGUGGAUUGAGAAUUUGCAGUCCAUGACAUUUUCUAAAUAUUAAAAAUGUUUAGAAUGUGGAAACAAAACAUGAUUAUUUAAUUUCAAGUUUAUCCCAAGCAUGAAGUAAUACAGCAACAUCAUGCUGCUACAUUUAAAGUCUUCAAAGCUUGUGCUCUAGUUGUGCAUAUUACAAUGUAUUAUGGACUGUAUAUUUUAAUCAGAAAACUGAAAAUGUUGAAUCAGCUGAUAUUAAAAUUUUGCUGAAUGCUUUUAACGGGUAAAAUGUUUUUCUCUAUUCAUGAGCUCUGUCUAAGCAUAUACAUCUCUCAAGCAUUUGAUACACCUUUCUGUAUAUGCAGGUUGAGUGCUGAGGAGGCAUUUAAUUUUGACUUUGGGCUCUCUUUCAGAUUAUUUCUGUGUGCCUGUAUUCAUUGGAUAGCAUUUUCACACAUUAACUAUUAAAAAACCUUUUGAGGUCUGUAAUGUAUACUCAAUUGACAGCAUUGCAUGGGGACUUCUUUUGCUUUGUUUUUGAUUAAAAUAUUUGCAGAAUUAA